AAUAAUUCUCUUUAACGCUGUAUGUACGUACACGUAUUUGCUACGUUAAGAGGUUCAUAGAACGUAGAGAGUACCUGCUCUGUAAUCUUGAGAUACGUACGGCACUUACAAAAUGAUUACAGUAUCAAAUCGAUUUUCGAGCGUCGUGUCAGUUCAAUUAAUACGGUAACAUGCAACUAUUUACCGAAAACUAAUAAUUCCGGUACCAGAACUGCGACCACGACGGGUUUAUAGUUGUUCGUAUGGCACAUCAAACUUUACUUAGGUAAUUCUAUUCCCAAAAUAUACCGAUCGAUCUGGUGAAUAUGACGCGAUGAUUCGAAAGACGCUAUGGAUCCCAUUACCCGGACCUACAACGCACAAUAUGCCAACAAACGGUUCCUGGCUCCAGAAACGCUAUUCCGCGAAGACCUAAGCCGGAUCACUGCCUCGCGAUUGUUACCACAUUGGACGACCGCUGAUAGCGAUGAGGGUAACAUCGAGCGGCCGCUCACGACGGUCCCGCAGAAUUCACGGCAUCAAGUGUUUGAUAAGUACCGCACGCCCGGACUAGAUUACACUCGAAACACCCAUAGAAAGCGUCCAAAGCCAGAAAAGCCAGAAAAGCCAGUACGUCCAAAACCAGAAAAGCCAGUACGUCCAAAGCCAGAAAGAAAGCAGCGUUCAUCACGUAGAAGGAGUGCGUGUGAUGUGGCACGGUACUGGUCGAGGAACAACUUCCGCUGCAUUGAAGAAUAUCUCCAGAAGACCGCGACGCCGCGAACAGCGAGAUGUUUCAAAACUUCGCGUUCUCUCAGGCAUCAGGGUGAUGCACCGCUGCGGUUGGGCGGUAUCAGAAGAAAAACAUGGAAAUGGCGGAUCCGUCCAGUAACGUCAGUUUCUCAUCUGCAACUUUGGGGACGUCGCAUCCGUAUCGCGGCGCGCGGAAACCGGCGCGAUUCGAUCUACCUUCGAUAUAAGUCGUUGUGCAGCCGGGAAAGCGCAAAUGAAUGCGCCCGACAAAGAAGUCCUUUCCCUUCUGUCGGUGACACGGUUCCCUAUUUCGAGCAGCGCUCACCGUCCACCAGCGACAUUAUCCGUUACUUGCUGGAAUCCCAUCCGGGCUUUCAAUCGCCGGAUGGUUUCCGUCCCGCAACACCGACAAUCACCGUCGGCGGUGAGAAACAUGAAGUGAACAACAGUUUCAUCCAAAAAGUGAACGAGGUCCUGGAGGAUGAGCGGUUCGCCCGGCACACGUCGACAUCCGACUUGAAAGCGCUGACUGCCACCAAAGUGAUUGUACACGCUUGGGAAAACGAUGGUUUGAUCGACAGUCUGAAAUUAUUGGAACACGAUCCGCAGGCUGUAUUAGGCGGAUCUUUGGAGGAAAUCCAACUGGACCGCAUGGAACCAAGCCCUAAUACCCAGCGAAAAUCCAGCGCCCGGGAAGUAACUGAGAUAAAGAAGAUUCAAGGAAACCGAACUUCGGAAAUUUCAAGCGCAACUGAUUUAUGUGAAUCGCGUUUUUCGUCUCCACAACAACCGCCCGCGGCAGUGGUUACCAAUGUUGUACCGAACGGCCAUCAUCCCGAAGAGACCGAACCUUUUCAGCCACCGGAACCACUUGCAAAUAAUACCGGUUACGAAACCCGAAUGUCAGUGAACGAGAAAAAGGAAAGCUCUCGUUUAAGUAGACAGCCAACGGUACCACGUAUUUCGCUCAAUACCCGGGAAAAGACGGUAACGAUGUAUCUGGAGGAGAGCAACAACGAUGAACCUGGUGCAUUUCCGGGACCACGAUUAACCGUUACUUCGCCACAUGGUGCCGACAUUGCGGAGCGUCGUUUGUCCGUAAAGAAGGCGUUAAAAGAAGAACAGCGUCGGCAACGCGUGGCGAGUAUUGCGGCCACCAUGGCUUUUAAUGAGGAUUUUGUGGAAGUGGUACACCGACGCACCUUGGUCAACGCCCGCAAACAAACCGCCGAUCAAGCCAGCAUGAGUCGAAAAAGAGACAGAAUCGAAAAGCGAAGUGUUGCCGCUAAGAAGAACCUCGUUAAGAACCGUCGUAGUACGGAUACCCCAAAAGCAGAUACUGGCGCGUUACCUUUACGUAACUCAUUAAUCAGUGGCAAAGAAAUAAAAAAACAACGCCCUGAUUUUCUUCAAGAAGCGAUACCGGACCUUUUUAAUAAAAAUCCACGAAGUGACGAGCGGCCGAUGGAGAUACUAGAAACCGAUACGAAAGGUCAUCCUACCGAGUCAACGGAUAUCGAUUCACCAGUAACUGGCGUUAUUCCUGCUAAUGUCAUUCAGAGAACCCGCAAACAAUCAGCAUACUAUCACGAACUCCGUCGGCGACUGUCGACCGCACGGAGCAGCGACCUCGGAUGCCGCAGCAAUCUCCCCCGGCGCCGGCGGUCCCUGUCCCCGGCGUGGGCCAACCAGUCAGUGGACGUGCGGCAAAAAUAUCGCUUCAUCUUGCAAAAAAUGACUGACCGUCAAAUUCACGAAGGGAACUGGGUGGCGGCAUACACCGCAGUCCAGAAGAGUCUGGAGUACUUCCCACAUUCAGCAGCGGCGUAUCUGCGUCGAGCCGAACUGGUCGAUACUACGUGUCCGUCAGUCGCCGCUAAGGAUUUCGGUCUCGCCACUACUUUGAAUGUACUAGACCAACGGAACAUUGGAAUGGCACUGCGGCAACGUGGGUUACUGUAUUUGGCAUCUGGAUGGCAACAGAUGGGUCUGCGCGAUAUUAAGAGUACAGUGGCGUAUUUUGGACAUUGUCCGCAAAGUGCGUUGGCUUUAGCCGUUCACUAUCAUGCACAGAAAGAGUACUUCCGUUCGGAAGCAUAUUUCGUCCUGGCUCUUAGCCUUAUACCGGGAACCAGCGAAACGGUGUGGCUGCGCUAUCGGAUAAUGCGCGCCCUGGCGAUGCUGCUGUAUCGAGCAAAAAAGUUCGCACUAGCACAGAAUGUGUGGACGGAAGCGUCCAUGCUGCUUGGAUAUCCCGAUUCCUUGUUCUACGUCUUUCUCGCAUUAUGUUGGAGAAAACUGGGAAAGCGUGAAGACGGUGCCUUAUAUUUACGGUCAUACAUUUCAUGCCUCGAAACAGAGAAAUCCCAACAAAAUCGAAUACGUCGGGUGUGCGUGCAGUUGCUACUGGGCGAUAUCGAUCAGGCGCUUUGCGAGCUGCAAAGCUGUCACCCCAUGGAACUGGUUAGCGAUCCGAAGCUUCUGGUCAUCGCAACCCGGAUAUUCUGGAGCAGGGGGAACUUUUCCUCAUCCCGCAAUUGUCUCCAACAAGCUUCGAAAUCAACGGUGGCACAAAAUAUUCUCAUGCAUGUACGUCAGCGACGCUAUCAGUCAGCGUACGAAAUGUGCACGAUCGGCCGGGAAAAAUGGGAUGGAGACUUCCGAUUCACCGCAUGGUUAGCAUUUAUCAAGUACGAAUGCGGAUUCGACUGGGAGCAGAAGCCUCUGCCGAUUACCUUGAUCCAGCAGUGUAUCAAAUCUGAUCCAAAUAACUGUAUGUUGUGGUACGCGUGGGCGCGCUGCGUAUUCUAUCAGCGCAAGAACCACAAGAAGGCUGUGGUGUAUCUGACGGCCGCUAUUAAAUUGGCACCGACGUUCUACGAAGCGCGCUUUUUUCGAGCCUGCAUCAGAGCGAAACUCGGAGCAGCAUCCAGUGCACUGAACGACUUUCAAAAAUGCUGCGAAGUCUACCCGAAGAGCGGUUUAUGCUGGGCGGCCAUCGGCUACUGCUACCUGCUUUUACACCAAAAUAAGCCGGCGCUGACAGCGUUUUUGAAAACGUCUGCACUGCCAUGGGCUACCCGACUAAAUUGGUUGUUGUGCAUUCGGGGAUGGACGUUCUGGAAGUUUGGCAUGAAUAACCGCGCGGUCAACGAUUUUAUCAUUUUAGCACGACAGUUUCCCAACAAUGUAUACCUGACCAAAUGCCUGGUUUUGACGACUUUGCGAGCGAAUGGACCGCAGUGCGCUGCCGCUGUGAUACAUCAGCGCGGUGUGCGACUGGAAUUGCAUCCGACGCUCUGGAUGAUCUUUGCGUUAUCCGGAUUUCAUCGUUCACAUCCGGCAACGUAUGACCGGGCGCUAAUUAUCCUGCAACAAAUCAUCCACAUGUAUCCACAACACUACCUGGCGCGCUUUAACUCCGGUGUGGUGUUCUACUGGAAAGAACGUUUUGCGCAAGCCGCACUGAUUUUCGAUAUGUUGCACAGCUUUGGAAAAGCAGAUCUUCCGUGCCGCAAUGCCACCUACGGAGCCCUGGGUACCUCCUUGUUUUUGGCGUCCGAACAUUCCAGUUCCUUUAGCAUACUUCAAGCAGCCGCCAACAGCCAGUACAUGGAUGAAUACUUCUACAUCUUUUACGGAUAUUUCAAAAUGGUGAUGAAGUUGCCAACCGACGCCGAGCACGCUUUUCGCAAAGCCUGCCAUGUCGCCACAUCCAAGGCCGAAACGCAGUUUCUUAUUGGCGGACUGAAUAUGCUGCUGAAUUACACCGGAAAGGCGAUCCCGUAUUACACGGCGCUUAUUAAGGGGACAGACGAGCGAUACCGGAAUCUGGCGUAUAUGAACCGAUGUCUUGCUUAUAAACAACUCGAAAUUGUACAAGGAAGCGCUAGCGGAUAUCGGUAA